CAAAAUCACUUUGAUUUUAUUGGAAAGAAAGACGCAGGGUUGUACCCAGUAUUUCCAUUACAAAUGGGCCCCGUUGCCUAGCGUUUAUUUUCCUGAGCUUUGCCGUCUGAGAUAUUUUUGCUGUUUGGUGCUAACUAAAGAACUGGAACGCCGAAGAAACUAAAAAAAAAGCAAGUUUGCCAAAUAGUAUGAAUAUCAAAAGACAUUUCAGCAGUGAAUCCAGGUUUCUAGUUUUCCAGACGUUCAGCAGUAAACACUUCUAGUGCAGGGUUUACCAUCCCAGUACCGUGUGAAAAGAUCAGGAAGAUGGCAUCAAUUCCCUCAAUCGGCUCACUUGUUGCAACCCACGAUUAUUACCGAAGGCGCCUGGGUUCUAACUCAAGUAGCAGCUCUUGUGGAAGUUCUGAAUAUGUUGGAGAGGUCAUUCCACACCAUCCCGGUCUGCCAAAAUCUGAUCCUGGUCACUGGUGGUCCAGCUUCUUCUUUGGGAAACCAAACCAGCCAACUAUGACCACAUUGACAGAAUCCCCAAAUAAAUCUGGAACCUUUCACUUGUCUAAUGACAAAGUGACCUGUGGCCUUGCUAAGGAUUUGAUGACGAAACCAAGCCCAAGCAAGGCCAGUGAGCCCAGCAAACCAGAGGCUGGGGCUUCAUCCUAAACCUGGAACUGCGCUCCGGAAUUCCAUUCUGAGUAACGCUAGGGACGGAGAGCACCAUUACAUGUAUUGCUUUAAAGGCUGCUUUUUGGGUUUUUUAAACAAAAAAGCAAACUUUUUACAUCUCCUGUAACGCCUUUUUUUUUUUUUCUUACCAUCUUGGGUUUUGCAGAUUAAUAAAAUAGCCUUCAGCAGCCUGA